AACUUGUACUCGUGUCGAUGUUGGUGGGAGUAAACCGAAGUAUGGCGUAGGAUUUUUGUUUCGUCACAGUGCAAACUUCCUUGUUCAUUCGCUGCCACUCAUAUAAUUCACUCGAUUUGCCGGUUACUGGAACAAAAUUCUAAACCAAGUCCUGUGAUCGUCGUCAUAGUAUCUCUUUCUUGCAACAACACAACAUCAAAAUAAAAAGAGAACAGGUCAGAACAAGAUGAGUGUCGACGCGUAUGGACCUAGUAGUCAAACCCUCACCUUCCUCGACACAGAGGAAACAGAUUUAAUUGGAGCGGAUACACAAGGCAGCGAAUUUGACUUCACUGAUUUUACAUUACCCUCGCCAAGUCAAACUCAAGCUUCUCAGCAUGAUGCUGCAACCCAGGGCCAACAAAGUCAGCCAGUGCAGGUUAAUGGAACCAGUGUUGUAUCAUCUUUGGACCUUAAGAUCUCUGGGGCAGCACAAACACUCGCGGAAUUACAAUUUGAAGAAGAAGAGGAAGAGGCAUAUUACAAUCGCGAUUUACCAGAACAUGCGUGUAAAUAUUGUGGUAUUCAUGAAGCCUCGUGUGUCGUCAUGUGCAAUGUUUGUCGCAAAUGGUUUUGCAACGGUCGAGGAAAUACGUCAGGCUCGCACAUUAUCAAUCAUCUUGUCCGAGCAAAGCACAAGGAAGUCACAUUGCACAGAGAUGGACCUUUGGGAGAAACAGUUCUUGAAUGUUAUUCAUGUGCAGUGAGAAAUGUCUUCGUUCUUGGAUUUAUUCCUGCAAAAGCAGAUUCAGUUGUUGUUCUUCUUUGUCGACAACCAUGUGCUGCACAAAGUUCUCUAAAGGAUAUGAAUUGGGAUCAGGAACAAUGGAAACCACUAAUAGAAGAUCGUAGUUUUCUCGCGUGGUUAGUGAAAAUCCCAUCAGAACAAGAGCAAUUGCGAGCGAGACAAAUAUCAGCUCAACAAAUAAAUAAACUUGAGGAAUUGUGGCGCGAUAAUGUUGACGCAACAUUUCAGGAUCUCGAGAAACCAGGUGUUGACGAAGAACCACAACAAGUUUUAUUAAGAUACGAGGAUGGCUAUCAAUAUCAAAAUAUAUUUGGUCCAUUGGUGAAAUUAGAGGCGGAUUAUGAUAAACGUUUAAAAGAAUCACAAACACAGGAGAAUAUCGAGGUACGAUGGGAUGUUGGUUUAAAUAAAAAGACAAUUGCCUAUUUUAUGCUUGCAAAAACGGACGGUGAUAUGAAACUUAUGCAUGGCGAUGAAUUGCGACUUCGUUACCUUGGUGAAUUGCACAAACCCUGGUCUGGAAUUGGACAUGUGAUUAAAAUCCCUGAUAAUUAUGGCGAAGAAGUUGGUAUUGAAUUGAAAAAUAAUUCGGGAGCGCCUACAGAGUGUGUCAGCAAUUUUGUCGUUGAUUUUAUUUGGAAGAGUACGAGUUUCGAUCGAAUGCAAUUGGCGCUCAAAAAAUUCGCCGUCGACGACACUUCGGUAUCGGCUUACAUUUAUCAUCGACUAUUGGGUCAUGAAGUUGAGGAAGUUUUAUUCCGUUGCCAUUUACCAAAACAUUUUAGUGCACCAAAUUUACCAGACCUAAAUCGUUCUCAAGUCUAUGCUGUGAAACAUGCCGUUCAAAGGCCAUUGUCCUUAAUUCAAGGUCCUCCGGGCACAGGAAAAACAGUGACAAGUGCAACAAUUGUUUAUCAACUUGUGAAACAAAAUGGUGGUCCCGUACUUGUUUGUGCUCCUUCAAACACAGCUGUCGAUCAAUUGACUGAAAAAAUACAUAAAUCAAAUCUUAAGGUUGUACGUCUUUGUGCCAAAUCUCGUGAGGCAAUUGAUUCGCCAGUGAGCUUUUUGGCUUUACACAAUCAAAUUAAAAAUAUGGAAACAAACACGGAACUACAAAAACUUCAACAAUUGAAAGAUGAAACUGGUGAAUUGUCAAGUGUCGAUGAAAAACGUUACAGACUAUUGAAAAAAGCCGCCGAAAAAGAAUUACUCGAAGCUGCUGAUGUUAUUUGUUGUACUUGCGUGGGUGCUGGUGAUCCAAGACUUCAUAGACUCAAAUUUCAUUCAAUUCUCAUUGACGAGAGUAUGCAAGCAACAGAACCCGAAUGUAUGGUUCCAGUGGUAUUGGGGGCAAAACAAUUGAUCCUCGUCGGUGAUCAUUGUCAAUUGGGACCAGUUGUAAUGUGUAAAAAAGCAGCAAGAGCCGGUCUUUCACAAUCAUUAUUCGAACGUCUCGUCGUUCUUGGAAUUCGACCAUUUCGACUUGAAGUUCAAUACAGAAUGCAUCCUGAUUUAUCGCGAUUCCCAUCAAAUUUCUUUUACGAGGGUUCACUGCAAAAUGGUGUAUGUGCGGAUGAAAGAAAACUUCUCAAAAUUGAUUUCCCCUGGCCAGCGCCCGAUAAACCAAUGUUUUUCUAUGUAACACAAGGACAAGAAGAAAUUGCUGGCAGUGGAACGUCAUAUUUAAAUCGUACCGAAGCGUCAAAUGUUGAGAAAAUAACAACACGAUUUUUACGUUGUGGAGUGAAACCAGAACAAAUUGGCGUCAUAACACCGUACGAGGGACAAAGAGCAUAUUUAGUUCAAUACAUGCAAUAUCAAGGCUCAUUGCAUGCAAAACUCUAUCAAGAAAUUGAAGUCGCUAGCGUUGAUGCCUUUCAAGGAAGAGAAAAAGACAUUAUCAUCAUGUCAUGUGUAAGAUCAAAUGAACAUCAAGGAAUUGGUUUCUUAAAUGAUCCAAGAAGAUUAAAUGUUGCCUUGACAAGAGCAAAAUACGGUAUUAUUAUCGUUGGAAAUCCAAAAGUUCUUUCCAAACAACCACUUUGGAAUCAUUUAUUAAGUUUUUAUAAGGAACAAAAAGUUCUUGUCGAAGGUCCAUUGAAUAAUUUAAAAGAAUCAAUGAUACAAUUUGCAAAACCGAAGAAACUUGUUAAUGCAUCAAAUCCCGGAUCACAUUUUAUGUCGACAUCAAUGUAUGACGCAAGAGAAGCCCUAAUACCGGGAUCGGUUUAUGAUAGAUCCGGAGCACAAGUCAAUGGCAAUCAAAAUCAUAAUCCAUAUUAUCAGAGGAAUGUGACUUUAGAUAUUUUCAGUAGAACGCACGAUACAAUUAGUUAUAUUAGUCCUGAGAGAGCACAGGCGGCAAUGAAUAAUGUUCCAGUUCCGGUGGGAAUGUUCAUGAAUAUGGCACAUGUGCCACCGAGAUUUUAUAAUCAACAUCAACAAGCACUUCAAGCAAGGCAAAAUCAACGUAAUCGACGUGGUGUCACGCCUGUUAAGAGUAAAGCUGGAGCACGUAUUGGAAAGCUCAGUCAAACUGAACAGAAUACACAACCGUACAGUCAGCCGGGCUUGCCAUUGACGCAAGGAAAUACACAAGGAAUGUCACAACCCGGUUUUAGUCUCUCACAGCCGGGACUCUCUCAAGCUGAACUCUCGCAGGACUCAUUCGCAGUUGGUGAGUUUCAAUCGCAAAUGGACGGACUAUUAUCCCAGGAUUCGACUUAUCAGGGCGAUAGAAGUGGUUUUUAUCAAUCAGGCCAGUCGCAAGCCGGGGGUCAAUUCUCCCAGCCCUAUUGAGCCGAAAGCAUACGGCUGAACAAUGCAUUCGCCAUGCAGCGUCGCGGGAGCGACUGAGAAGGCUCGUUUCGACCAAUUUUUCUUCGUCCAACAAACAACAAAUCACUAACUGCGCAAAACGGUAAAAAAACACGGCUUGGCGAUCGAGUAACGGUCCUGUGUGCGUACACGAAGGUCAUCAUCGUCGUCGCCGUCGUCAAAGAGGGGUAACUAUAUGGUUAACAAACAAACAAAAACAAAAAAAAAACAAAAAAAAAAGUUUAUCGCCGUUCACCGUUUUUAAAAACGGAAAUCGUUCAAUGAUGGAUGGAUUCAUUGGGAAUAUAAAUUCAUUGCGGCAAGGCUAUAAAAGGACAUCGAAAUACCGAAGAAAAUGACAUCAAUGUCUAUAAUAGAGAAUAGAAAAAUGCCAAUUUUACGUAAUACGCGCUUACCGUGAGCGGAUCGUUUACUUUAAAUCGCGGUUAUCAAGUGAUGCUGGUAUUUACAAAAACACACACAUAAAUAAUAAUAAAAGGUACUUGCAACGCUUUAAUGACGUGAUCAAAUUGAACGAGUGUGCCACGUAGUAGCAGUUUUUUUUUGCGAUUGAACGGAGAUUUUUUUUGUUUGUUACAAAAGAAAGAAAGAGAAGAAUUUUCCAUAAGGAAAAAAAUGAAAUUUUUCAUUAUGAAAAAAAAAGCCUUCAUUGAACUUGAAUAAAGAAAAUCGAGGGUAAUGUUCUUUUAUUUGACAAUAUGAGUUUUAGGAAAUUCCUUUUAUUAUCGGAAAAAUUCAAUUUUGAAUUUUAAUCUCCGUUCGUUGAAGUCACCAAAAAAAAAAAAAAUAAAUAAAAAAAUAUGCUGAAAAAUAAUAUCUCUUGAAAGCACGCACAUUACACGGCACACGUGCAAUUCGCUAUAACCAACGGUAUCGUGUCGACAAAAAUAUUAAUUGUGAGUCUUUUUGUCGGAACAGCAGCGCGAGGUCAAUAUCUUUCUCGAAUCUUUUAGCUUUUAGCAUUAAAGUAAAAACAAAAAACAAAUGCAACGCUGACCACGGGAAAUUCAUCAAUUAAACCAAUUUAUUUUGCUUCAUUUUAUGUUUUCCCUCCCACAUUAUUAUUCUCCCAAUCAUAUUUUAUUCUCUUUCUCCUUUAGAAUUUCUUGUAUAUUUUUUUUUUUUUUUUUUGUUAAUAAAAUAAAGCCUUGUGUUUAUUGACAAGGCAGUUAGGAGGCGAGAAGGCGCUAAAAAUGUUGAGUUGUUGAUUUAUCAUUAUUUAGUUUGUCUUUUAAAUUUGAGCUUGGAAAUAAUGCAAAAUAACAUCGAGCAAAAAAUUUUCAUUUAACUAUGGGAGCGUCAGAGAAAUUUUUUUUUUAUUGGCACUUGAAAAUGUCAACAAAAAAAAAAAAAAGAAAAUAAAAACAAAUUUUUUGUUUGUUUUAUUUAAAGAAAAAAAAAAUUAAUUUUGGGAUGAAAUUCCCUUCUGAUAUUUUAGUGUUGCUAACAACGAUUCAUGGUACAAACAGAAUUAUUCAGUGAAUUUUAUUAAUUACCAAAUACAAUGAUAAUUUCUCUUUUUUGGAAUAUUACUUUUUUUUCUCGCACUUUUUUUAGUUUUGUAAUUUUUUUUUCUUUUUUUUUAGAGUGCUUGCAACUUCGAACGGUAAUUCCUUCGUCAAAAUGUAAUCAGUAGGUUACGCAAUGCAAAAAGAAAAUUAAAGUUUGUUUUUAUUUCUCUUGUAUCAACAGCGCACCGCUCACUGCAAUUACAGAAAUUCAUUGUGAAAUCUUAUGGUACCAAUAAAUUUAAUUUGACAUCUA